ACACGUCUUGUGCGGCCCACCAAACGAGCCACGCUUCAUUUCUCUUCUACCAUCACCAUGAGCUCACCCAACAUCGACUUGUUCAAGCUUUUCCAGAUCUGGAAUCCUAGUUUCGGCUACAACAGCUGCGUAGGCUAUGCCCCAAGUAAGCGAAAAAGAUGCGGGUGGGAAAUGUAUGGUUCAAGUGUGGCAAAGCAAUUGAAAGAUAUCGGCAACAGGCUCCCGCACGUACAUCCCACUAAAGCGGAGCUGAUAGAAGUGGCUACGGAUGCUCUAUGCCACCACCACAAACGCCAAGCGAGCGACAUUGCUAUGAAGUGGAAGAGUCUCAUUGACGAUACGGAUCUAGAGGAUCUGUCCGAACGAAUGCGAAACGCUCGGAUGAAUGAUGACGAUUCCAAUCCACGAUUUGGCGGAAGCCAAAGCAUGAGAGAGGAGGCGAAGAGGAAGCAGGAAGAGAAGAAAAGGCAAGAGCGCGCCCAGGAAGAAGCCAGAAAGAGGCGAGAAGAGGAAGAAAGGAAGAGGAGGGAGGAGCGUGCCAAGGAGUAUGCACGCAAAGAGCAAGAGAGAAAGAACCGUGAAGCCGAAGGAGAGAGGCGGUCAUGGAGGCAAGCGUGGACACGAUAUGCGGAGGCUCAAGAAAAAUUCAAAGGGAAAAAAAUCUACAGUUCUUCUGGGAUUCCAUGGCCGGUUAAGUCAGGCCUGCAAAAGGACGUGAAUGAACAGAACGUCGUCACAUUCUAUUACAAUGCACUUCCAGGCUCAUCUGCCAGCGAAUUCUAUAAAAUGAUGCAACAGGAGUGCUUGAUAUGGCAUCCAGACAAAGCGAAGCAAUUCAUCAAGAGCCUCACCCUUACGGCUGCGGAGGAGGCAAGCAUGGCAGUCAUCGCCCGCAUGGUCAUUAGACUGCACAAGGAAUUUGGGGGGAGAAGGACUUCUUGAUGCAGGACUGUGACGCGUACAAAUGUUUCGUCUUGUUCUUUUUCAUUUACUGGGCUAGCUGGAGGCGUUUGGGUGUGGGUCUUAUCACUUCCACGAUGGUGCUUUCUGUCGCACGUGUCUCAUGCGAUACUAUACCCAUGUACUGCGCUAUUCACUCAUUAGGACUAGCUCCUUUUUCGUACAGUAUGUAGUCUUAUCUCCGGUGCUCAGGGGGCUGUACAGAGAAGCUCGGAGCCCCUGAGGACCCUGCAACUAGGAUGGGGACCCUUACUAGCUCCUCGACUGAUAAGGCCAG